AUGGCGCUAAGGCGCAAGAGACCUUGCGCAAAAAGCGCAAGAAGAAAGACGAAGACGACGAGGAGGAGGCGGAAGACAAGCCUGCUCCCAAGCGGCAGAAAACUGCUGCCCCCAGGACCAGCAAGACCUUCCCUAUCCGUUGCGCGCAAGAGACCUUGCGCAAAAAGCGCGAGAAGAAGAAUGAAGACGACGAGGACGACGACGAUGAGGAGGAGGAGGACAAGCCUGCUCCUAAGCGGCAGAAAACUGCUGCUCCCAAGAAGGCUGCCACUGCCCUCAAGAAGGCAGUCACUGCCCCCAAGAAGGUUGCCCCCAAGAAGGUUGCCCCCAAGAAGCCUGCCGCCCAUCCAAAUAGUACGUACAUUUCGAAACAAUCAGAACUUCCCUAUCUGUUGCGUCGCGAGGUGCUCCGGAGCUUGUUGUCCGCCAGAAUGGCGCCAAGGCGCAAGAAGGGCGACGGCCAUAACAGCAAGAAGCCUGAGACACCUGGCGAUGCGGUUGGCGUUAAGCUCGCGGAUCUCAAGGUCAUUAGAUGAUACGCAGGGGACACUUGCGAGUGCAGGAUGA